UUAGCAGGGCAACACCGUCAACAUAGAUUCUGUUGAUUGACGGCAAACGGAAUCGAUUCCAUUGGCCUGCAAACGGAAUCCCUUGAAUUGCCAGCGAACGGGAGUCCCUUUGCAUUGGGCGCAAACUGAAUCUCUCUCUGAGAUUGACCACAAACGGAAUCCCUUAGACUGGCCGCAAAGGAAAAAUCUUUUAGAUUGUUGGCUGCAACGCAAUUCCUUAUUAGAUUGACCGCAAGAUAACGAAAUCCGUUAGCUGCACGUGGUUGCAUAGGGCAGCGUGCUCGACGCCUCGCGUCCACGUCGCCCGCCAGCGAGUCGUAGCGACGACAUGUCGCCGCCCGCACACGCGUCGACGUCAUCGUCAAUGAACGGCGACGGCGACGUCCCGCCGUGUCCGCCGUCAAUGCAUGGGGAGCGGCCGCCGUCUGCCCCAGUGAAACCGACUACUACCGCGACAGGGAUCGGGAUCCAGGUCAGAAGCUUGACAAGGAGCGCUAGCACGGGUCAGGCGCCGCGGGCGGCGGCGACCGCUCCCAGGAACUUCACGAGAAGUUACACAUUCCAGGGGACGUCAACGAAAACCACGGUGGUCUCCUCGUUCCCGGCGACGCGAUGGCUGAGUUUGGGCAAAGAUGAGGAGGAGGGAGGGCGAGUGGAGGGGACUGGAGCGGCGGGGGGGUGCUGGGGCGUAUGCAGGAGCCCGGGUAGAGGGAGGGGGGGGAAAUCGGAAAGGACGGCCCCGGUGGUUGUCUCGAGACACGAAUGGGGCAGUUCAACCGACCGGGGCCCGAGUUUACCGGAACUACCGGCGGAACAUAUAGCCAAUAGGAAAUCGAGGCGGCGCAGUGUGACCGUGCCCUCGUCGCCGAGGGUACCUACAACGCCGCGGGGGACAGCAACGCCGCGGGCGAAGGAGGGAAUGAUUACAGCGGCGACGGCGAGGAUUUUAUCAGGCAGAGAGCCGGAGGGGAAGGAAAGAGAGAGGGAGGGGAAAGAGGAGAGUGGAAGAGAGCGCGGGGAGCAGCAGCAGCAGCAGGAGAGAGGGAGGGACGACAGCCUAGGCUUGUUGUCAUCGUCGCUAUCGCUGUCCUCUUCCUCAUCGUCACCACCACGGCCAUCGUCGGCUGUGUCUUCUCCGAAUCCCCGACGCGCGAGAUUGGGAGAGAAGGCGAGAGGAGGAGGAGGAGGAGGAGGAGGAGGCGGUGGUGGACUUGCACGUUCUACUGUGAAGAGCGUGAGCCCGCGGGAAACCAUUCGCUCGUCGACAACGAGUGGGUUGUGUACCAGAGGUGAACGUCGGCAAGGCCGCCGUCCUCGUCGCGAAGGAGAGCUUAGUGACGGCGGAGAAGAGGACGACGAGAAAGACGAGGAAGAAGAGGAAGAAGAGGGGAGCGAAGAAGACGACUGGGGGAUGGAGGCGGCUGGUGCGUCGUUGGAUGCCCCCGCCCCGACAGCAGGCGGUGAAGGAGAUGAAAACGGACACGUGUCUUCGCCCUCUUCGUCUAUGCUCUCCGGAGUCAAACUCUCCCGUCGCUGGUCAAACGUUCACGCCGGCGGUCGGUCGGGAUUGACGGCCGCUUUGUCGUUAUCUGCGGGCGAGUUCGACGUUGAAAGUCGCCGGGAAAAAAUGUUGUCGUCAACGGUCGACGGACGUCCCGUGGAAGGUGCGGGGGUGGCGGCGGCGGCGGCGGCGGCGCCAACGGGGAAAGUAGGAGCCUCGGCAAGAGCAGUGGAGAAUGGGAGUGAGAAGGGAGGAGUUGAUGGGGGCGACGUAGGGGAGGGAUGCUUUCGGGCGGCUGCUAGUUGGGAAUGCUCGCCGCCGUCUUCGUCGGCUAUGGCCGUGCCAUCGGGAUCACGGCCGGCGACGGCAGCAUCGCCGCGGUCGAACGCGGAUCACACGUUGUCGACGACAAGAACUGCGCCUCCGCCGCCGCUGCCGCCAACGUCUCCGCCGUCGGGUACGAGCAGCACAGUGAUGUCGAGUAUCAAGGAUGGUAGUAGCCAUAAUACUGAGAAUAAUAAUGCUCCGACGUCUGUCAUGAUACCGUUGGGAUCCCGGAGGGUGAAGGCAGCAGCAUCGCCACGGUCGAACGCGCUGCAGUACACGUUGUUGACGUCAACAUCGCCGCCGCCGCUGUCGCGGUCGCCGGCGGGUAACAAGGACAACAACAGUCCGAUUUCUGUGACGAUAGCUCGAUCUCCAGUUUCGCCUGAAGCGGACAAGAGAGGAGGAGGAGGAGGAGAAGAGAGGCGAGCAGCAGCCGGGGAAUGGGAGGAGACCGGCAGCAGCCAUAUUCUUCGGCGAACGAGAUCUAUAGGCCGAGUGAGGGGAUACGUGGCCCCGGUGAAGGCGGCGGUGAAUGGAGGCGAUGGGGAGAAGAGGUCGGGCGGAGAUCGCCCCGCCGGCCUGCAAGGUGGGGGGGCCACAGAGGCGACGAAUGAGGUGACUGGAUUGAAGACCGGUGAGGAUAACAGCGCAGGGGUUGUUGAUCGGCGCUCGUCUUUGGCAGUGUCUCCCCCCUCAAGUAUGGCUGCUGCGAGUGGCGGGAGAACAAAAAUGCCCGCCGCUGGAGAUGGCGCCGGCGACGAAAAUCGGUCGCCCACGUCGAUCCCAAAUCCUAACAAGCUGGCAAGUUUGAAAUUGAACCGUUGGGCGCGCGCCAGAGCUCUCAGGACGCCAUCCUGGAAAGCAAAAGCGAUGGAGCUCACGUCUUCUUCGUCGUCAGAUAAGCCCUCAUCCACUGUAUCGGCGGAGGAAGGCGAGCCGGCGCACGACGAACCAAGCUGCGGUGAAAGGUCGUCGUCUCGGCUGACGGAUGGAGGAGUAGAAUCGGACGACGAGGAGAGCGGGUGCGACGGACCGGUCGUUCACAAGCAAAUUUUCAUAGUGUCCGAUGCGACCGGCUGGACCGCGGAGAAUGCCGUACACUCAGCGCUCGGGCAAUUUGAGAGUCGACUAUUUGAUGUAUGCCCGGUUAGCACACAUCUCUUCUCUCAGGUGACUGAAGUUGAUGAUUUAAUGGAGAUCGUGAGACAGGCAGCAGAAGAGGGGAACUUGUUUGUGUUCACUUUGGCAGAACCACCUUUGAGGGAGGCUGCAGUACAGGCAUGCGAGAUGUUCAGCGUUCCUUAUGUGGAUCUGCUGAGCCCUCUUCUGAAUGCGAUGGCCCUGCACUUGGGUAUCAACCCUUCAGGCAUUCCACGGGGUGUGGGACGGAAACAAAAUCUCACCAAGCAGUAUUUUAAGAGGAUCGAGGCCGUGGAGUUCACAAUCCGUCAAGAUGAUGGAGCUCUCCCAAGGAAUCUUCACAAGUCAGACAUUGUUCUCGUCGGUGUCUCGAGAACCAGCAAGACACCGCUGUCAACAUACAUGGCACAGAAGGGGUACAAGGUUGCAAAUGUUCCGUUGGUUCUGGGAAUCGACCCUCCGAAGGAGCUUUGGGACAUAGACCAGAACAAAGUCUUUGCCUUGACGAUCAACCCACAAGUGCUAAGUUCUAUCCGACUGGCACGGUAUAACAGCUUCGGCCUCACUCCGGCGACAACUCAGGAACCACCAGAGGGCCAGGGGAAGAGGUAUAGCGAUCGAGAUUACGUGAGGAGAGAGCUUGAAUAUGCCCAUGGACUGUUCAGCCGGAAUCCGAAGUGGCCUGUCAUUGAGGUGACUGGACGUGCAGUGGAAGAGUCGGCUGCAAUCAUUCUUCGGAUUUUCCACGAGCGUCAGAAUGCGCAUCGCAUGCCGCGCAUAUCUUGGCGGUACUAGACAUAUUAGCUGGCCUGCAAUAAUGCUCUGGAUUUUCCAUGAGCAUCAGAUUUGUACUUCAUAUGCCCAGCAUUCCCCUGAGCGUACUAGACAUGUGAGUUGACCUCCAACGAGGCUGAAUUGUCUUCACCUCAUGCAUACACAAGGAUGAGCAUCAAGGGAAGAUAGCUUUUUUUUUGCUUGCAGCUUAUUCCCUGAUAUCUUUUUUUUUUUUUCGUGCAGCUUAUUCCCUACUUCAGACUGCCUCCUUUCUUCCACUAUAAUUGUGUACUCAGCUUCCUUUACACGAUAUUUAGGCCUGUAGUGGUCUCUGCUCAGAGCCUGGUCGGUAUGUAGUUGUUGGCAUGUUCGCGUCUUGUGAGAUCCAGGCAUGAUCUCGUGAGCAUUUGUCCGUAGGGCCUGACUGAACAAAAUAUAGAACAUGUGGUCUCGUUCGAUCAGCCUGAGGAUGUUGAUCAGGGUACAUGCGGAUUUCUGACGGCAGAGAUUCAAACGGUCGUAUGCGUCCUAUUCCGCUUUUCCUCCCUUUUAUGUUUAGCGAUGCUAACUUCAUGACUCUCAGGGCAUUACUCACACCAGGACUUUUCGCUGUAUAUCUGACUGAGGAUAGAGCUGGGUAUCUUGUCCAGAGCUUAGUAGAAAAAGAAGUCCGAGUGCGAGUAUGCCCUCAGAAGGGAGAAGGGGUGAGUCCCUUUGCCAUCGAGGUUACCUAUACCCCCAGCUGUUCUGAGGACUGCUGGUGGACAGUGAAUCCGUACCUAGACAGCUUUGGAUCCCCGAUUCCUUUCCAACGGGUGGCUGUCGGGCAGUUCCUCUUUCUCUUUUUGUUUGAUUCCGCUAGUACACGUUUCUGUGAACGAGAUUCUGUACAGAUCUUGGUCUGCGUUGUCUAGGUUCGUGUGCAGCCCUUUGGCGUUUGCUCUUUGCUGUUUGUCCGGCCUUUUUCUUGCCGGUCAAAGCUUGAGACUAGGGGCUAGUACGUUUUUUCUUUCUUUUUUUUUUGGUUUUGCGGCUCCUCUCUCAGGCGGAUACAUACGGUAGAAGUGUGGGCGGACAGAUUGCGGAUCAACGUUUAUUACACUCCGGUUGGGUUCUCUCACUGGUUGUCAUGCAGAGGUACACCUGCCCACAUUCUGUGGAGUGCAGCGAGGGCCUCUUUCCCCACUGGAAUGAUAAUCAUGCUGAUGAUGUCAGUUUAUGACCGAGAGCAGAUGAGGGAAUAGAGGACUGUCUAGCUUCUCCCUACUACUUUUGGGCAGAGCGUAGUACGGGGUAGUACUGAGGGUUGUGCGGGGUAAUACGGGCCGUAGUAUGGGGUAGCACGUGUCCUGCAAUUAUCUGGAUGGAGCCUUUGGGGGGGGAAGUGCAUAUAAAAUAUUUCAACUUUCAAGAUGUCCGUGGUAGAAGUCAGCAUUCUGAGCGACUUUUGACUGAGACAAGUUCCGAUGCCCUUGUGAUAUUCCGGAUUAAAAAAAUCGCCUAAAAAAGAACGCAAAACCCCAUGCUAAGGCCUGUACUACCGUACUUGAGAAGUACCUCCAGGGUGGUAAGGGGCUCAUGGGAGUUGGCUUGGGAAGACAAUUGGCGUGACGCCAUGACGACCUUAUUGAGGCCCUCACAGGCAGGUGAGGCAGCAAGUUGGUGUUGUGAGGUCAGGCAGAGAAGGGGUAGGGCCCGUAGGGGUAGCGGCGAAGGUUUGCAUAUUACGUCUUUUUCUCCUUGUCUUGGACAGUGAUUGAUCUGCCUUUAUGAGGGUUAUAUCGCUAGCGUAAUAGUUCCACAAAGCGACCUCUUCCUCCCUCUUCCCGUCCUCCCGCCCCCCCCUCUGUGCCCCCCCCCGCACCCCUCUUCUGUGUCCUCCCCACCCAAAGCUAUCUCUCUGAUGGCAGCUGUGCUGUGCAUUUUACGUACUGCAUGCUGUCGAUCAGCCUUUCUAUUAACUUUAACAGGGUUGCUCCGGGGUCCUGGGCUCGCUUUGCCAUAAUUUCCAUUUGUGAGUACUAACUCAUUGGGUUAAAAUUUGCUGCAUGUUUAAAAAAAGAAAAAGAAAACCCGUCGGAGGGAGGGACAUUGUGUAGCCGCCUGUUUUUGAGGAGAUAUCUGUAGUUACCUUUGAUAGCAGCCCUUCCCUUGACAAUGUAUGGAUUGCAGAAAUUUGCCGGAGCAGGACUGUUCACUCCUAGUUGAUUGUUUUCGGUUUCUAGCUUUCUGUAGGAAUUAGUCGAAGAUGUGGAACGCUACUUGAGGAAGCCACGCUGAGGGCAUACUCACACUAUUAUAGCACUUUCCUAAAUGUAUCUGACUGGAACUGCGGACAGAGCCGGAUGAAUCUGACUGCCAUCGCAUCCAGAGCUAAGUAGAAAAGAAGUCCUCGUGUGAGUAGACCCUGAUGAUUAUGGCAGCAGAACUGUAUUCUAUUCUUGGACGCAUCUGAUCAUUUGACAUUGCCGGCCCCCGUUUCCACAUACACCUGGAUACCUAGGUCAUGUGGAAUUGCUGGUGUGGGGGGGUUCCACAUACAGUGGGCAUAUGGUAUCGCAAAUGCCGAUUGAGAAGGCAUGCAGCAGGGAUGGCAUGAGCAAUGAAUGUGAUAAUAGCUGCUCAGUUCUUUUUCUUUUCUCGUUUUCUUCUUUAGUCCCCCCCCCCCCUCCCCCCCUUUGAAUUGCUACCCCGGCUUUGUGCUCCUACCUUAGAUUCAUUGCAUAACAAUUGUGUUGUCGGCCGACGCCGGGGGCAGUUUUCUUACACUGUGUAGAAAGUGCCAGAAAGUUAGAAACAUGUGUAGCUGUAGAAAUUUGUUGUUGGUCAGCAUGCAAGAGCGCACAUGAAUUGUUCUGCAGGACUGUUGCGGCUCAGUGUGGAUGGUUGAGGCUCGGGAAAAGACUACUCGUUCAACUUGCAACAAUUCCUGUUUUUUUUUUUGUUUUUUUUUUUGUUUGUUUGUUUGUUUUUUUUUGGGGGGGGGGGAAGCUCAGGUUUUUUGACAGUGUAAGAGUGCAGAAGAUUUGUUUUAGGAGGCGAGGGAAGUUUGGGCUCUGAUUGGUUCGAUGGUUGGUUGCUUCAGUCGUGUAGAUUUUUGAUCCAGGGAUUCUGACAAUUGUUUUUAAUAGGGAUUUUGACUUUCUGAUUUUAAUGAUGGAGCAACGAGAUUCUGAGGCGAAAGUGUUGAAGCCUGGCAGCAAUACGACAGAAAUGAAAGUGGUGGUAACCGUUGCAAUUGAUGGCGGGUGAGGGUUUUGUAUGUGCAGGAAGGAGAUGAAGUGCAAGCUGCGUCUCCUGUAUUGCCUGGCUCGGCGGAUUGGGAAAGUUAAGUAUUGCUCUGUGUGUACGGAGAGAACGCCUCCGUUUUCAAUGGUGUGGUCCUUCGCUUUCCGUGUGCUUUGUGAGUUCAUGUUGCAGGGUCUGUAGACCUUUUUUUUUGUGUGGUUUUAGAACUUUUAGGGAUGAUUGUAUUCAGUUUGUUCAACUUUGUUGCACUUAAUAUCUGAUGUUUUCUGUAGUCGAGAGAGUUGAUCAGGUUCAUUGUAUCGGGAUCCAUUAAAUUCUCUCCAGCAAUUCGCUCGACCUGAUUGGCUGUAAACGUCAGUGUGUUCACAUAGGAAAGGAUAUGGGCUGCUCGACAAGAGGUGAAUAUUGUUUUCCUUGUUUGGAAUCGAAGUGACAAACCGACCAUGUAUGAGGUCCAACAGAGAGGUCUCACUGCAUAGGGGCUUUUUAACUGUGAAGCAGAUGAGCACUCUCUGCUUGAAAUAGCAUGGGCACCUAAAGGUAUUAGGCAUUACCUUGGAUGGGUUCAUGGAUGUUCGGCACUUUAUUUGUUGUGCUACACGUUGGAGAGUUUGUUAUGACAGCAGCGGAGCAGCGGACGCGACAGGCCAAUAGACGGUCUCCGAUCUCAAAUUGAGCGUAGUGUUGAAGAGCGGCAUUCAGCAACCGUUUGUGAAUGCCAGUUCAAGGAGCCUCUAUCCUUCGUGUUCCCAGCAUUACAGAGCCGAUAAAAGAGAGAUGACGGCACUGAUACGCCCAAGCCGCGAUAUUUUCAGAGUCCACAAUGAACAUGUUUCUGCAAG